CGCUGACGCCGGCCGGCCGCGGAGCGACAUGUGUGCGCGCCUCGGUGGCCUGAGUGUGGAUGACUUCCGGAAGGUGCUGAUGAAGACGGGCUUGGUGCUGGUGGUGCUGGGCCACGUGAGCUUCAUCGCCGCUGCUAUCCUGCACGGCACCGUGCUGCGCUACGUGACCGCGCCCCGUGACGCGGUGGCUCUGCAGUACUGUGUGGUCAACAUCGUGUCGGUCACUUCUGCCAUUGUGGUCAUCUCCUCCGGCAUCGCAGCCAUCGUGUUGUCACGCUACCUCCCCAGCACAGCUCUGCGCUGGACCGUGUAUAGCUCCAGUGUGGCCUGUGCUCUUCUCUCUCUGACCUGUGCCCUCGGCCUCUUGGCCUCCAUCGCAGUGACCCUUGCCACCCAGGGCCGGGCACUGCUAGCUGUCUGCACUUUUGGGAGCCCUGAACUGCUGGUGCUCACACCCGACUGCCCCUUCGACCCCACGCGAAUUUACAGCUCCAGCCUGUGCCUUUGGGGCAUCUCACUAGUGCUCUGCGUGGCAGAGAGCGUGUUUGCCGUGCGCUGCAUCCAGCUCACCCACCACGUGCUGGAACUGAGGCCCUGGUGGGGGAAAAGUGGCCACCACAUGAUGCAGAGCCUGGAGCCCCUGGAGGACCACAACCUGAGGAGCUGCACCAGCUCCACACCGCUGACCCUCUGAGGGCCAAGGCCUCGUCCAGCCCCAUGGCCGCCGGGCCUGCCACCGAGCCUGCACUGCGACGGUCAAGUUCCAGAGGGCCCCAGGGUCCCUGGAGCCAGCCCAAGAGCGCUCAGUCGACGCUUGGGGACCCAGGAGGGGUGUUUCGGCCCCUGGCCCCAGCCACCCAGCCCACUGCACUGAAAUGAAACUUUAUUUGGAAGUUAUUAAAAAGAACAAAGAUGC